AAAACCCCUUGAGGGACUGUUCAAAAAUCAAAACCCUAACCGCGCUCGGCCGGCAAUUUUACAGUACCUAUCAAACAAUGGUGACCGGCGCCAGUUCACCGGCGAAUAUGGCCGGUAUUGAUACGGUAUCUCCGGCAUCUUCUCCUGCUCCAAAAUUGAGUGUCAUAGAGAUAGAAGGGAAAGGCAGAUCGAUUGUGGCGUCGGCCCCGUUAAGAGCCGGGGAGAUCGUCCUCAGAGACUCCCCUCUUCUUCUCUACUCGGCUUUCCCUUUCUUCCCGGCCUCAGGGCCGCACCAUCGGAGCAACAACGUCUACUGCUCCAAUUGCUUCAGAGAGAUCGCCUCCCUGCCGCUUCCGCCCUCUUGUCCGGCUUGCUCCGCCGCCUUCUGCAGCUCCGGCUGCCAAUCCGUCGCCGGAUCUUCUUCUCAUUCCCCUUGGAUCUGCCAGUCUCUCCGCCGUCUCCGGGACUGCUCUUCUUCUCCCCUCGUAGCACAAAGCCACGAGCGCCAAGUCUUGUCUCGUUAUCUCCUUGCCGCCUACAACCUCGCCUCAAUUUCUCCUCCGGAUUUCCGAAUUCUUCUCUCCCUUCAAGGUAAUCCGUCUUCAAUUCCCGCAGACGAUGCUAGAUUCCUCCAUUCUCUGAUGUCUUCCCUCUGCCCUAGUCCUGCCCCUGAGUUCGGAUUCUCCAUGGAGCUGACCGCAACUCUUCUGGCUAUAGACAGUAUAAACGGUUUUGGAUUGAUGGAGCCUUUUCAUCCCGAAAAGGAUAGAUCUGUGAGGGCCUUCGGCAUCUAUCUGAGAGCCUCCUUCUUCAACCACAAUUGCCUUCCAAAUGCUUGCAGGUUUGAUUACAUAGACGCCGAUCUCAACUCAAGAACCAAUACAGACUUCAUAGUUAGGGCUCUCCAUGACAUCACAGAGGGCUGGGAAGUGUGUUUGAGUUACUUCCCUGUUAACUUCAAGUAUUCGGAGAGGCAGAGACGGUUGAAGGAGGAGUAUGGGUUCGUGUGUAAUUGUGACCGCUGCAAUGUGGAGGCUAAUUGGGAUGAUGAUGAUGAUGAGGGGGAAGAAGAAGAAGCAGAAAAGAUGUCUGGAAAUGGGAGUGGAAUGAGCGAAGACGAGGAGGAAGCUAUGGAAGAGGAAGACAUGGAAGGGGAAGUUGUUGGGGAUUUUCCUCAUGCGUUCUUCUUCGUAAGGUUCAUGUGCAGUAGAGAUAAUUGCGGGGGCACAUUGGCUCCGCUCCCUCCUUCUGAUGCAUCUCCAUCAACAUUAAUGGAGUGUAAUGUUUGUGGGAAUGUGAGCACUGAGGAGAGUUGAAGAUGAGCUUAUGGCUAUGUCAUUGGGAAGAGCCAAUCAGAAACAGGUUUAACUAUGACUGCAAUCAGACCAGAUCUGAUGAGAUCUUCAAAAAGUUUAAUCAAAUCAAGCGAACGGAACGCAACCAUAGCCCAAGAAAGACAUGUGAACUUU